AUGAGAUUGGCACUGUUGCUUACGCUGGCAGCAUGCUGUUGCGCUAAGAAAGUCGUGAAACAAAACUUUGACGUUAUACGUGGAGACUCUGCUGAAGAUGCUGUAAAGUUCAAUCGCCCCAAGUUAGUGAAGAGAGACGAUUCCACCGCUGAAAUGGUGCUCAUAAAUGCGCAAACCUUCUUUAUGACCAAUGUGACAAUCGGAACUCCAGGCCAGUCGAUGGGUGUUUUAGUUGACACAGGGUCAUCUGACCUAUGGGUCCAGGACGUGGACAACGAAUACUGCGAUUCCACGUCAGAUUCUUCCAAGAGAAGGGUGGUUGACAUUGAUGCUUUUGAGUUUGACAAGAGGGAUGAUAUUGGUGGUGGCGAAUUGGGUGGAUACACCGAGACCGUGACUGGGUCCUCGACUGCUGACGCGUCUAUCCCUACGUUCACCUCAGGAUGCAACAAGUACGGUGGAUUGGACACCAGCAAAUCCAAGAGUUUUAAGAAGAACGAUACCAUUGAUUUUGCCAUUUCAUACGCAGAUUCUACUGCUGCUUCGGGGUAUUGGGCCCAUGAUGUUGUGAACGUUGCAGGUGUAGACGUGAAGGACCUUUCGUUUGCUGUUGCAAAUGUGUCCAACUCUUCGUUCGGUGUGCUCGGUAUCGGUCUAACCGGUUUGGAGGCCACUUACGUUGGUUCCACGGCCACAUCUUCAAACCAUUACCAGUACCUCAACCUUCCAUACAAGAUGGCUGCUAACGGCCUCAUUAACACACCUGCAUACUCUGUCUUUCUCAACACGGCCUCUUCCAGUGAAGGGUCCGUAUUGUUUGGUGGUGUUGACCAUUCCAAGUACACCGGGUCGCUCGAGACGGUGGCCAUCAUCAACACCUAUGCCGGCUACGUUGACUCGCCAAUUAGACUGGAAAUCACGCUCUCUGGGCUUACAAUUGCCUCUGGAGACAACGAAGAGACCCUCGCGUCCGGGAAAUUUGCUGCUUUGCUGGACACGGGUUCUACCAUCACGUACUUGCCUUUGGAUUUACUGGAGGCAAUUGCAAACACAAUUGGUGCUUCUUACUCUUCCAGCAUAGGUUACUACUACUUUGACUGCAGUAUUGCUAACGACUACAAGUUUACGUUUGACUUCACAGGGGCCAAGAUUCAGGCCAGUCUAAGCAAUUUCACGCUUGUCGGACAGGGUUUCUGUGCUCUUGGGGUAUCAUACAGCGGCGAUGACAGUGUGAUUCUUGGAGACAACUUUAUCAGCAAUGCAUAUGUGGUGUACGAUUUAGAGAAUGAGCAGAUUUCAAUUGCCCAAGCAGACUUUUCGGGAGGAAGCGAGGACAUAGAGGAGAUUGAUUCAAGCGGAGUUCCAUCCGCUGUCAAGGCUGCCUCUUACUCUUCCACUUGGACCUCUGACGACGACGUUUCAAUUGCUACAAGCGUCUCGCUUGAGGCUACAUCUAAUGGAGGUAUCGUCACAGCAUCUUCGGGCUCUGCCGCAUCCACCAAGUCUGGCUCUUCUGGCUCUUCCUCCAAAUCUUCCAAAUCGUCCUCUGGCUCUAAGACCACAUCGUCGUCUUCGUCUUCGUCUUCGUCAAAUACGAACAGCAAGAGUGAGGGCAAUUCAUUGAAGCCAACGGCCAUGAUUGCGGCCGUGGUUCUUCUGAUGGCAUCCGCUAUGGCGUUAUAG